AUGAGUGACUCGCUGCCGCUGGAGAAUGAGCACCGGCCGGUGGCGAUAGUGGUGAUUGGAAUGGCUGGAGCUGGGAAGAGCACGUUUGUCAGCGCACUGUAUACGUAUUUGGCGACGGUUGCGAAAAAGCGGGUCUAUUGCAUAAAUAUUGAUCCGGCCGUGGAUAAUGUCAAUUUUCCAUGCAACAUUGACAUUCGAGACACAGUCAACUACCGCGAGGUGAUGAAGGAGUACGGUUUGGGACCCAAUGGGGCGAUAUUGACAUCUCUGAAUUUGUUUGCCACACGUUUUGAUGGUGUGUUAAACUUGCUUGAGCGGCGCAUGUUGGAACUAGAUUAUGUGCUGAUAGACACCCCGGGCCAAAUAGAAGUGUUCAACUGGAGCGCCAGUGGAACGAUUAUAUUAGAUACUCUGGCCCUCGUCGUGCCUGCUACCUUAGUCUAUUUGGUGGACAGCGUGCGCUGCCAGCGCCCCACUACUUUAAUGUCCAGUUUGUUGUACGCCUCCAGCUUGACCCUCAAAAGCAAGCUUCCAUGCCUAAACGUUUUCACCAAGACAGACUUAGCAUCGUCCAAACCACUAGAAGAUAUGAUCCAGGACUACGCAGCAUUCUGUGACGCGGCUGAGCAAGAGGACACAUACGCGGCAUCAAUGGCCAAAUCCUGCUGCUUGGCCCUCUCGCCGUUCUACACAACCAUUCCCAGAACCGCGGUAGCUAUAAACGGUGAAACCAGGACCCUUACGGGCUUCGAACGCUGCACCGAAUUGAUUCAAGACCUCAAGAAAGAAUACUUCUCAGACUACCUCCCAUGGAUCAAAAAAAAACGAGAAGACGUCGAAAAAAAGAAAGUUCAAGAUGCCAAAGAACAACUCUCCAAAUUCGACGCCGAAUGCGACGACGACUCGGACGCAGAAUGA